CCAAAAAAACACUCUCCAGAUUGCAAAGUUGAAGAAAAUGAGUGGUGAAGGGUGGUGAAUGUAAUGAAUAUUGGUGGUGGUGGUUGUAGUUGUGAUGAUGAUGAUGAUGAGGAGACAAGGAGAAGAAUCAGAAGGGAGUACAAGAUGUCAAGACUGUGGAAACCAAGCGAAGAAGAACUGUGUGUACAUGAGGUGCAGGACAUGCUGCAAGAAGAGAGGGUUUCAAUGCCAAACGCACAUCAAGAGCACUUGGAUUCCUGCUUAUAGAAGGCGCCAGAGGAGUCAUCAACAGCUUCUUACUAUUCAUGAACAGCAUCAACAUCAGCUACUACUUCAUCAGGAACAUAACCCUAAAAGGCUUAGAGAAAAUCUCUCUCCAUCAUCAGGGUUACAAGUGGGGAAUUUUCCGGCAGAAAUGUGCUCGAACGCUACAUUUCAUUGUGUUAGAGUGAGCUCCAUUGAUGAUGCGAUUGAUCAGUAUGCUUAUCAGACAACUGUGAGUAUUGGAGGGCGUAUCUUCAAGGGAAUUCUCUAUGAUCAAGGCCCUGAUCAAAGCUGCAAUUACACUGUGGGUGAGAGCUCUUCCAGUGAGCCCCAUCAUCAUCAACGAUCUAAUAAUCCAUUCAGUGUUGUUGCUACCGAUCUAAACACCACCACUUCCGCUCCUACAGCAGCUGUUUAUCCUCCUCCAUACACAUUCCCAUUUAGCCCUUUCAUGCCCGGUACGCAACUUUUCCCGCACCCAAAAUCUUAAGCUUCCUUGUAUCUUUGAUUAAUGAAACGCAAUAAGAACAUCAUCGUGGUAUUAAUUUCUUAUUCUUGUUAUUGUUGUUGCUCUAGCUAGUAUGACAUAUUUGGUCUCCAAUAUUAAACUAGAAAGUAUGUUACAAGAGUGGAGAGAAGAAGACUAGAGAACUUAAUUGACUAUUUAUGAAACUUCG